GACUUAUGCAACAAUAAUCGGCCAACCAUAAUGAUUGAUUGCAUGUGUGCCCUGCCCACCUCUUAUCCUCGCCCGUGCUCCCUUGCAACGCCCUCGAGCCAAACUCACCGCCGCCGCCGCCGCUGCCCUCGUCCACGGCACCUCCGCUCCGCCACCUCGUCCACGGCUUCUCCUUCCCGAGGCCCAUCUGGGACGCCGCCAUCCAUUGCACUGCACGCACCCUGUGGAGACAGAGGAUCGAGUUACAGGGCUUGGAAAUGGCUAGAGGAAGAGGCAAAUGAAGCUAUACCCGUUGCUCAUGCUGCUUCGUGUAAGGCCUGUUGCAGGCGCACAUGCUCUUGCCCGGAAGGAAUUUUGCAAAUGAAUCAGUGUGUGCCAUGAAGAACAAGCAACGAUACCGUGAAAGUGACAUGCCAGUGAAACUGACAUUCCAAUCCUUAAAGGAGGUCACAAACAACUUUGCCGACAAACUUGGCAGUGGUGCAUCUGCGGAAGUUUACAGGGGAGAGUUCAAUGGAGAAGUGAUUGCCGUAAAGAAACUGCCAUUCAGGAUUGGGAUUGAUGAGAAGCAAUUCCAGAACGAAUACGAACACCUUAAGAGGCUCAAGCAUCCUAAUAUCGUGCGGCUAGUGGGCUUCUGUGAUGAAACAGAGCAUGCAUUUGUCGAGUACAAAGGGAAAACAAUAAUUGCCGAAGAAAUACAUAGGGCACUCUGCCUCGAAUGCCUGCCCAAGGGACCCCUUAGUGACUAUCUUCGUGAAAAAUAUACUGGACGUAGUUGGCACACACGGUUCCAGAUAAUCAACGGGAUGUGUGAGGGUUUGAAAUAUAUUCAUGAAGUUUCCGUUGUGCAUUUGGAUAUAAAGCCUGGUAAUAUAUUGCUAGAUGCAGAAAUGAUACCCAAAAUUGCGGAUUUUGGAAUAUCAAGGCUAUUGGUCGAAGAAUGCAUCAGAGAGGCAACUCAGUUAGGGACAAUUGGAUACAUACCAAGGGAGUUCAUAGACAAUGAAGUUAUCUCAAGAGAGUUUGACAUCUUUAGCUUAGGGGUUACGAUUAUGAAGAUAUUGACAGAACCAAUGGACUACUGGAACAUUUCUUACAUGAAUGACAAGGAAUGUAUUGAGCAUGUACACGACAACUGGAGGAAAAGGUUUGAGGAGAUACCACGGUAUCUAUGGCUUGAAGAAUAUUGUAAACAAGUAAGAACUUGUAUUGAGAUCGCACUACAAUGUAUGGAUAUUGAGCGACUUAAUAGGCCUUCGAUGAAUCAUAUUGUCAGUAAGCUGAUUCCAAUACGAAGGAUAGGGGUACGUCGUGGGCGCGCUACAGCCGCUCAUUAUAUGACAUCUAGUUUAAAAGUAGAUUAUACGUCUGCCAAGUUUUCAACGGACUUAUCGUUGCCGAUAGACAUCAACGAGAUGAUAGACACCCCUCAGAUGCCUUCACUAGAACCAGAAGAUUCACACAUUCGCACAUGUGAACUGCCAUUCGAGUUUCUACGAGAAAUUACUAAUGAUUUUUCAAAGGAACGAAUAGUUUCUGAAUGUGCAUCUGCGACAAUUUUUAAGGGUAUACUUAACUCUGGGGAAGAGACUCUGGUGAAGAGAUUUAGGGCAAGUAAAAAGGAUAUUACAGAUAAGGUGUUUCAGAAUGAAGUUGGAAAGCUCAUGGAGAUCAAACACAAAAAUAUAGUACGGUUACUCGGCUAUUGCAAUGAAAAGAAGAGGGAAGCCGUGAAGCAUGACGGGAGGUAUAUUGUGACAUGCAAGGUAGAAACUUUGCUAUUGUACGAGUAUGUGCCAAAUAGAAGCCUUGACCAAUAUAUUUAUGGUGAUUCUUGUCAACUUGAGUGGAAUAUGCGCUUCAAGAUAAUUUUGGCCAUUUGUGAGGCGCUGCAUUUCUUACAUACUGAGUUAAACAAGCCUAUCAGUCAUCUGCCUCUUACUCCUGAAAAUAUAUUAUUAGACAAAAAUUUGGUACCAAAACUUUCAGAUAUUGGUCUAUCAGAUUUGUUCGAAGGACUAUCCCCAGAGGGCACAGAAUACGAUCCGGAAAUAAAUCGGUACAAGGCUCCAGAAUACAUAAAUAGAUACACUAUUUCAUUCCAAUCAAACAUAUACAGCUUAGGUCUCUUAAUAAUGGAUAUCGCAACAGGAGAGAAAAACAGGUCUCAUGCUCGACAAACCAUGGAUAAUAGCCAUUUUGCGAAUGCACGUCAAAAGUGGACGGAUGAAUACAUAGCAUCAAAGUAUACAUCACUUGGUGUCACUUGCAUUGGUCAACUCAAAGUAUGCCUCCAGAUUGCGUUAUGGUGUGUCGAGGACAAAAGAAAGGACAGGCCAUCUAUACGGGAAAUUGCCAAUACACUGAAUAAUCCAUAUAUAGGCAGAGUGUUAAACAAGCCAGGAGUCGGUCCCAUCUUAUCGUUGAGUGUGCAACCCCAGCGUCUCUGCUUCCCUCUCACUCCCACAAGGUUGAUUUCCCGCCUAUUGUGCCUAACAAACAACAAAGAUGAGUGCAUCGCCUUCAGGCUUCUCACGGAUAACCCAGGGAGGUACCAUAUAGAGCUGCUGCUUUACGGUAUUGUACUGCCGAAGUGCACCUACACUAUCAACGUGGUAGUGCAUGAGCAGACAAAGCAGCUACCGUCAAAUAGCGACGAAUUUUUGACCCCGAUGUGCACCACAACGCACGAGAAGGAACUCAAGAAUCUCGACGCAGACUCCGCUGCCGUCCUUUUUGAGAACCCCGAUCAUGAGGUCCAAGAGAUGAUGCUGCCUGUUUUUUGUGACCCACCGGAAGAGACCAUCUCUGAUCAGAUCAUAGCCAGUCAGCAUUUUCGAGUGGUUCCAUCCGUUGAUGUUCAUCCAAUCAGCCAGAAUUACCGACAGGUGUUGUCCAUAGAUGUGCAUCCAAAGGAGCCUUGGCUAUUGACGACCAACCAAAUGGGCACUAUUUGCAUUUGGAACUACGAGAAGAAGGAAACGUUGAACUCCUUUGAAGUUACUCGAGGAGAACCAUUAUAUUCCGCAAAAUUUAUUGAACCAAAGCACUGGUUCGUGACUGGGGAUGGCGAUGGAUACAUUCAUGUGUACAGUUAUGAUACAAUGAAAGAAGCCAUGAACUUCAAAGCUCAUGAGAAUAAUAUCAUGUCUUUGGCUCUGCAUUCGAGUUUUUCUUUCGUGCUAUCAGCAUCUGAUGAUCACCUGAUCAAGCUUUGGGACUGGGACAAGCACUGGGAAUGUAUGCGAACAUUUAGUGGGCACUAUGACAGAGUCACACAAGUGAUGUUUGACCCAUGGUCCAGUUAUGUUUUUGUGAGUGCUUCCAUGGAUGGCAGUGUCAAGCGCUGGUACCUUUCUUGUGGUAAUUGCGACAACACGUUUGAAGACAAAUCGGGUGGCCUGCUAUGUCUUCACUACAUCAGAGAUAGGCAAGCUUACGAUGAUCGGAGUUUACUGGUUGUUGGCUCUUCGGAUGGUGUUGCAAAGGUUUGGGAUGAGCUUCUGGAUACAUGUGUUGGUAUGCUCGAAGGACAUACAAAUCGUCUCACUACUCUUUGUUGGCACCCCAAACAUGAAGUACUAGUAACAGGUUCCCUUGAUGGGACCGUACAAAUCUGGAAGCAAACUAGCACUAGAUACAGGUCUCAGACGGUUCUAUGUGCCAAGUUCUGGCUCUUUGUAAAGGAAGCUUCUAACGAAUUUAUUAGUUCUUGCCUCGGAUCAGAAAGUUCCAAACACCAAUCCAAGUCCCUCGUACAGAGGUGAGAAGUUCAAUCCAGAUAUAUAAAAAAUUCAUGUUGAUCAAUUCCAUACAUAGAGAGGUGCCCCAGUUAUCACCCUAAAUAGAAAAGGUUCCAACUUCCAAGAGAGGACAAAAGGUUCAUCAAUAAUUACAAAAAAAGUUACAUACGGUUCUUCAAUUUUUCAUCCAAAACUGAACAAUUGAAAUCUUGGUUUCCUUCGGUUCUUCACGUUUCUGUCCAAAGUGGCAUAUGAGGGAGGUGGUGGAAGCUAGAUCGUGUGAGAGUCCCGAUGGGAAUGGGCCGAUGUUACCCAUUGGGACAUUGGUCCAGCCCAUAAUUUCAAGGCCGAUGGGUCUUCUGGGUUGGCUUCAUAAGAAAAUUGGGUCAAGAGAGCUGUCACCAUCGGCCCACCGGGACAAGCGAGUCGACUCAAUUUUAGUUGCCCAAGAUUGUAGUCUGCCAUUAUAAUGCACAUGCAUUUGCAAGGUUGUUAUCCUUGUGUUGAUAUGAAAAUUUCAAACUAUUGACCUAAGGCUGCUUUGUUUCAGAGUUA